AUGUUGCUCUUGGCUCUUAUACUCUGUCAGCUGGCUGCAGCUUCCCUCACAAUCACCAUCCCAUCCACAAAUUUCCUUCCCAAUCCGCAUGGGCUCCCCGCAUCCACCCAUGCCACUCUGACCACGCUCCCCUCCACCGGCAACGAUCAUCUUUUGACCGCCUCCUUAUCCCACACCUCUACCUUGAUAUUCCAUAAUAUUCCGGCCCAACAGGAAUCAUACCUGUUGGAUAUUCGUUCCAGCGAGUACAUCUUUGCCCCUUACCGAGUCGAUGUUGCUGCCGAUGGGUCCAUUCUAGGGAUCUGGGAAACCUUCCGUGGAAACCCGUGGGACAACCGUGGUGCGGAGAAAUAUAUUGUUGAUGUGACCGGCAAACAACAAUCCGAUGUCAUUGUAGAGGCCAAACUUCUGGGUCGAAGGGGCUUCUUCGAGGAACGUGCCAAGUUCUCGCCGUUAAGUCUCUUUAAGAACCCCAUGAUUUUACUGGCUAUUGUUGCCUUGGGUUUCACUCUCGGCAUGCCGAAGCUGAUGGAAAGCAUGGACCCGGAAAUGCGUGCUGAAUUUGAGGAACACUCACGCUCCUCACCCUUGACGGGAGGUGCAAACAAUGCUCUUGCUGGAGGUGGAUUUGAUCUGGCUGGUUGGAUGGCAGGUACCUCAUCUAGCCCCAUGGCCAAUGCCGACGCUGCCCCAGCAGGGACCACCGGCCGUGACACAGGUGCAGCCACACGGCGUCGUUAG